AACACCUCAAACUUGGAUUCAUCCGUCCACAACACUUUUUUCCAGUCUUCCUCUGUCCAAUGUCUGUUCUUUUGCCCAUCUUAAUCUUUUUCUUUUAUUGGCCAGUCUCAGAUAUGGCUUUUUCUUUGCCACUCUGCCAUGAAGCCCAGAAUCCCGCAGCCGCCUCUUCACUGUAGAUGUUGACACUGGUGUUUUGCGGGUACUAUUUCAUGAAGAUGCCAGUUGGGGACCUGUGAGGCGUCUGUUUCUCAAACUAGAGACUCUAAUGUACUUAUCUUCUUGCUCAGUUGUGCAACGCGGCCUCCCACUUCUUUUUCUACUCUGUUUAGAGCCUGUUUGUGCUGUCCUCUGAAGGGAGUAGUACACACCGUUGUAGGAAAUCUUCAAUUUCUUAGCAUUUUCUCGCAUGGAAUAGCCUUCAUUUCUAAGAACAAGAAUAGACUGUCGAGUUUCAGAUGAAAGUUCUCUUUUUCUGGCCAUUUUGAGCGUUUAAUUGACCUCACAAAUGUGAUGGUCCAGAAACUCAAUCUGCUCAAAGGAAGGUCAGUUUUGUAGCUUCUGUCCCGAGCUAAACUGUUUUCAGAUGUGUAAACAUGAUUGCACAAGGGUUUUCUAAUCAUCAAUUAGCCUUCUGAGCCAAUGAGCAAACACAUUGUACCAUUAGAACACUGGAGUGAUAGUUGCUGGAAAUGGGCCUCUAUACACCUAUGUAGAUAUUGCACCAAAAACCAGACAUUUGCAGCUAGAAUAGUCAUUUACCACAUUAGCAAUGUAUAGAGUGUAUUUCUUUAAAGUUAAGACUAGUUUAAAGUUAUCUUCAUUGAAAAGUACAGUGCUUUUCCUUAAAAAAUAAGGACAUUUCAAUGUGACCCCAAACUUUUGAACGGUAGUGUAUAUUUUGUGUUGAAUUGUGCUUAAUAAGCGAGUCGGGUUAACGUUCAACAAGGCGCGCUCUGAUUGGUCAGAGUUCAGUGACGUCACGUGCGCAAUGCGUCCUAACACAGACCAAAUCAGUUCCGUUGAAUGCCAGCAAGAGUUCAGACGUGCGGCAGCAACUCUCCGCUUAAACGCUUUUUAACACAAAACACUUAUUCAGAACUUCGCUGACGGAUUGACUUUUUGUGCUUCUCUUUUCUUUUUCUUUUUUUUUUUUUUCCCAUUUUCACUCCGUGUUUCAUUUCGGAGUUUUAACGCUGAAGUGUCUUAUCAAAGUUUCCAGCAUGAACACCGGGCCGACACUGGGCAAGCUCUGUGUGCUGCUGGCGAUGCUUUUCCAGGGAUCGCCGUGUCGAGCGGCCGUUCCCCCACCGGCGGCGCAGUGGUCCGGCGACGACUUGAGGAACUUGACUCUACGGAGUCACAGAACCUGCGUGGAGAACGAACAGUACCACCACCAAGGACUCUGCUGCCUUUACUGCCAAGCGGGGACAUUCGUGCUGAGGCCGUGCGAGCGUGACCACCAGAAGGGGGUGUGUUCUCCCUGCGAGCACGGCUUCACAUACACGGAACACUCCAACGGGAUGGACCGAUGUUUGCCUUGUAUGCAAUGUCGCCAAGAUGAGAUGGAGACGGCGUCCUGCACCGCCACCUCCAACACCAAGUGUCAGUGCAAAGCCGGAACCUUCUGCGUGCCCGAUCAGGCCUGUGAAGUCUGCAAACGUUGCGCCAAGUGUAAAGCGGGCGAGGAGGAGGUGAAGAAGUGCACUCACUAUUCCAACACCGUGUGCAGAAAACGCGACCUGUCACCCACCCAAACCCCGUCGGCCCAAACCCCGCCCCCUCCCGCACCCCCAGUGAUCAUCGUCCUUCCCAUCUUGUUAUGCCUCUUCCUCGUCGUGGUCAUCGGGCUCGCUGUGUAUUUUUUCAAGCAGGGCCGCUUGCAACUACCAUGUGCAAAGUGUCACGGCGAUACCAGCGAUGAUGUGAAGAUCCCCAUCGAUGAGAGCUCGCCCACACCGGAGGAGUGUCAGAACAGCCGGAACGCCGGCCUGGAGGGAGAGGAGUCCCGGCCGGAGUCGCGACCUCUGCUGCAGGAGUCGCAGCCCGAGAUGACCAAGGCCUCGCCCCCCCUGGAGGACGAGGACCGCGGGCUGGGGGACAGCCUACCCAACACCACCAGCUCGUCCCAGACCAGCCUGUCCGCCCUCCCCACCGCCGCCUCGUCCGGGAACAGUCCUCAGCAGAGCCCGGUCGCCUGCAGGAUCUCGCCUGCCGCCAUGGAGGAUCCUCUGAAGCAUAAAUUGGUCCCGCUGCAAGAGCCCGAAAAUUCCCUGAGGAAGACCUUCGACCUGUUCGACAAGUACCUGGAGGUGGGGAUCCACAACAAGUUCUUCAGGAACAUCGGCGUGAGCGACAACCAAAUCCGCAUGGCGGAGAACGGCGCGCGGGGCGACAAAGUGUACGAGCUGCUGAAGAACUGGAUGCAGCGUCAGGGCCUGAAGGCCGACAUCAACCAGCUGCUGGGGGCCCUGCUGGAACUGGACCAGCGCAGCUCGGCCGAGAGCAUCGCCUCCGAGGCGCUGCGGCGAGGCUUCUACAAGCACGCCGACGCGCGCUGAAGGAGUCUCGGCGAAUGCGGCGAACUUCUUUGCGGCUUUGAAGAGCCAGUAGUUUUUGCUUAAAGGAACAAACGAGUGAAAAAGGGGAACUAACCCCGGAAGGAGGAGGCUGAAAGUGAACCUGCACUUACUGAACGCCACCUUGUGGCCAGCACAUGAUACACUGGUCUGUCACAGUGUUAACACUGUCUCUGCCAUGCACUGCCCCUUACUGGCACAAUGUAGUCACACUACCUGUUACACCACCGCCAAUGUUUCCUCCGCUAACAUGAAGUCACGACACGUGUGCAUAAUUCCUACCAAACAACCCACCGGCGACAUUUUAUUUAUUUGUCAUAUUUAUUCUACAGCGCCUUAUUUAUGCCUCAGAAGCAGGACUAGGCCCCUCAAAAGUUACAUUUCACCCACAAGUCCAGCUGACCAAAUAGUCCAGGUCCUAAGCAAAGUCUUGGACUACAGGUACGCAUCCUUUUGUCCCAAUUAGUUUUGAUGAAGAAACUUUUUUUUCUUCUUUUUUUCAGUUACAUGCGUGUAGCGAGGUCCAAUCAGGAAGAUGCGAGCUGACAAUGGAGCCCCGCCCCCUCCCUGUAAAGAAUGACUACUGUAUUGCGAUGCUCAGUGCUGGCGCUGCCAUCUAGUGGUCGACGAAGACAAUUCACCCUGCAUCAAAUUUCAAAGCCUUUUCACGGUUACCGUUUUUAUUUGGAUGCAUUGUGGCGUGAUUGCAUUCACGUACCCUCCUUGUUGGAAUGGAUGAAGUUUAGUGGUUUUUAAAGCUUGGAUUUCAUGUGUGAAUGAUGAAAUGAAAUGUUUUGUACAGAGAAUGUGUUUUAUUUGUUCAAAGAAUAAAUGUCUCUUUGGACAUCCA